GCUCCACAGAUCUUUCCCCGUCUGGUGUUGGCUGUUCGGGGAUAAAGCUGAGUGCUAUUCGGUCAUGUGAUCCUUUUUUUUUUUUUCUUUCCUCCUUCGAAGUUGAAAGGCAGGAGCAGAGCAGUGGAGGGGGCCCAGCUUGUCUUCCUACUUGCCGUGGAUGCAACGUUUUAGUCUCUUUUCCACCACAUUAUUGUUUGUUUCUCGCUCGGUGUGAUUUUUUUCACCCCCAACCUUUCCUUCGCAAUGGCGGGGGCUAUUAUUGAAAAUAUGAGCACCAGAAAGUUGGUGAUAGUGGGAGUUACUCUGCUUUUGUUCCAGGCGUUUGCCUUCAUGGUCGGAGGUUUAAUUGCUCCCAGCCCCACCACCGCAAUCCACUACCUAGCCACAAAAUGUGUGGACAACAUCAAGCACCGUCAGGAAUCAAAAUGGUUCAUGCCCUGGGGUCCCAACCAAUGUGACAAGAUUAAGAACUUCGACGAGGCCAUGGCCAAGAAGAUCGAGGCCAACAACAUUGUGUUUGCAGUUCAUAUUCCCAUGAAUAACAAAGAGAUGAGCCCCUGGUUCCAGUUUAUGCUGGUCAUCCUGCAGUUUGACAUCGCAUUUAAGAUGUACAACCAGAUUGAUGAUGGAGCGCUGGUCACCAUCGAUGUGGGCCUGGCUUACAGAGACGAUACACUUGCAGAGUGGACGGAGAUGGCGCAUUCAAUUGAACAGAGGAAGCUUAACUGCAACUUCACUACUGCCAAGACGUUUGAAAACGAGGGUCGUUACUAUGAGUGCGAUCUGCUGCCCUUUAUGGAGGUUGGCAGCGUGGCCCACAAGUACUACCUGCUCAACAUCCGCCUGCCUGUCAACGAGCGGAAGAAGGUUAAUGUGGGGAUCGGAGAAAUCAAGGAUAUUCGUCUGGUUGGCAUCCAUCAGAACGGGGGCUUCACCAAAGUUUGGUUUGCCAUGAAGACCUUCCUCACACCCAGCAUCCUCAUCAUCAUGAUCUGGUACUGGAGACGGAUCACUCUAAUGAGCAGACCUCCUGUGCUGCUGGAGAAGGUCAUCCUCGCUUUGGGUAUCUCCAUGACCUUCAUCAACAUCCCAGUGGAGUGGUUCUCUGUUGGCUUCAACUGGACCUGGAUGCUGCUUUUUGGGGACAUCAGGCAGGGCAUCUUCUACUCCAUGCUGCUCUCCUUCUGGAUCAUUUUCUGUGGGGAGCACCUCAUGGACCAGACAGAGAGGAACCGUUUCUCAGUCUACUGGAAGCAGGUUGGACCCAUUGUGUUUGGAUCCUUCUGCCUCUUUAUCUUUGACAUGUGUGAGAGAGGGGUCCAGCUGACGAACCCUUUCUACAGCAUCUGGGCAUCUGAUGUAGGAACGGAGCUGGCUAUGGCCUUCAUCAUAGUUGCAGGGAUCUGUGCUUGCCUCUACUUCCUCUUCCUCUGCUUCAUGGUGUUUCAAGUCUUCCGCAACAUCAGCGGCAAGAGGACGUCCCUGCCUGCAAUGUCCAAGGCUAGACGUCUGCACUACGAGGGCCUGAUUUUCAGGUUUAAGUUCCUCAUGCUGGUCACUUUGACUUGUGCUGCCAUGACUGUUAUCUUCUUCAUCAUCAGUCAGGUGAAUGAGGGCCACUGGCACUGGGGCGACCACACAGUGCAGGUGAACAGUGCCUUCUUCACCGGUAUCUACGGGAUGUGGAACCUUUACGUCUUUGCCAUUAUGUUCCUCUACGCACCGUCCCACAAACGUUAUGGAGAUGACCAGUCAAGUGGACAGUGCAUCACUGGAGAUAUGGGAGCAAACAGUGGAGAGGACAUCCAGCUGACUACGACCAUCACCCAUGUUGAUGGCCCCACAGAGGUCUACAAGAUGACCGGCAAAGAGGCCCAGGAGUAGAUUUCACACUGGAAGACUUUAACAAGAAGCCCCUCUGCUACCUACUGCUCCAAUCAUCCCCUCCCUCCUAUAUAUGUAAUCAAACAGGCCUCUAUCUAUACGUCCCCUGGCCCUUAGACAGCGUCAAUAAUCCCCUUUGCAUGUUCCUACCUGUCCCACACAGUUAUAAUCUUUUUCCAGCACCAAACCCUCACCUGUUCAACCCUGUUCCUUAAUGUUCCUCUACAGACUGAACCUUAUCGACACUCCUCUCAGUCCUUUUCAUUUCAUGAGGGAAUUCUUUUCUCACAUUUCAUACCUUAUGUAAAUUUGUUAUUGCACAAUGCUUUUGACACCAAAAAGAGAUUACAGUGUCAAGAGAGGCAUAUCUUAAUGGUCAGAAGUUGCAUUUGGCAGCAGUUACACUCCAGUUUUAAAAUUCAGUGAGGUGAAAAUAUGUCUUUUGUAUAGGCCGGUGCUUUUGUCACAGACAGGCAGCAAGAUAUUUGGGUAUAUUUAGCCACUUAUUUUGACUUUCUGCAAAAUAACCUACCCAGCCAAGGCCUUAAGAGCUUUUGUCAAAUGCAUAUUAUUUCAUAGAAAGUAGAUCAUGUUGAAUACUGCUGUUAAUCUUUUUAUAUCACUGUGGGGGAUAUGUACAGACCACAUAGCCACUUUGGGAAAUGCAUACUGUAUGUUCAUUAUGUUACAAUGUAGAUAUCUAUUUUUUAUAAAGUGCUCAUUUUCAGCUUCAUAAAGUAUAUGCAUCAAUGUCUUUGAAGUUGACUGUACCCUAUUAUACAUGGUUUGUAGUUUUUUUUUGCUUUUUAUGCUAAUUUAAAUAAAAAACUGCCUUUUACUUAA